ACAAAGUCGAAGUAGCAGAAUCAAUACACUCAAGAAAUAGAGUAAACAAACGCCGGAUGUUCGUGGAGCGGUCAUUAUUUUCCUUAUUUGACAUGGAUAAUAAAAUCUAAUGGAAUGAUAUAAGAAGUUUUCGGUUUAUGUAACGCUAAAGUAUAUAAAGAAUCCCCGGACUACGAUGUAAAAGAGUGUAACCAUGGCUCUUAUUGCAGCAUUCUGCGCAUUCUUGUUUUUAAAUGUGCCUUUCAAUACGGCCCAGCUUGUAGGUCGCCGACUAUCACUUCAAAACAUUCAAGACUUUCACCCCGAGAAUGGUCUUUUUGAAAUUUUCAUGAACCCGGCAUCGAUUGUUUCAAAUGAUCACACGGUGAUCGGCGAUGUCCUCGACUUGGAUAUCAAAGCGGAGGAUGUGACGUACGAUCUUUAUACUAAGGACAACAAGGACGAAGCUGUGAUCCUACGAACAGGUGAUACCGCUCAGUUGAAGGAUUCUCCGUUUAAUCCUGACUGGCCGACUAAGAUCAUUAUUCACGGAUGGAUAGAGAACGGAGAUGCGUUUUGGUAUCAUGACAUUCGACGGAAUUACCUUAGCAUCGGAGAUUACAACAUAAUUUGCGUCAACUGGUUCCCCGGCGCGAACAAGGAAUACCUAACGUCCGUGAGACUUACUCGUCAGGUGGGAGAAUAUGUGGCUGCGUUUCUGGAAUUUCUCGGAUCGGAGACGGAGAUCUCCUUCGACGAUAUUCACGUUUUGGGACACAGUCUAGGCGCCCAUGUAGCCGGGUCCGUUGGCAGCUCCUCAUUGAAGAAACUCGGCCGGAUCACCGGUCUCGAUCCGGCCAGACCAGCGUAUGAAACACCUUAUCUGAAGGACACAGAAGAGCGACUGGAUUCCACGGACGCGAAUUUCGUGGAUGUUAUCCAUACCUGCGCCGGUGGCUUAGGCUUCGUCAGACCGAUCGGCCACGUGGACUUUUAUCCAAAUGGAGGAACGUUUAGGCAACCCGGAUGUCCGAUAUUUUCAACCCAGUCUUGCAGUCACUUCAGAUCGCAUCAAUUCUUUAUCGAGUCGAUUGUGCGUCCCGAUGCUUUUGUCGCCGUACAGUGCCCCAACUGGAUGGACUUCCAGCUGAGUAAAUGCGGCAGCAACACCACCGCUGUCAUGGGUGAAUUCGUCAGCACUGACGCUCAGGGUACCUUCUAUCUGGAGACCAACGCGCAGUCGCCGUUCGGAAAGGGCGAGAUAUAAUGAGAGAGGCGAAGGAAGUUUUGGAGAAGCUUUGCACGUUUAUACAUACAUUAUACGGUUAUAUAUAUAUAUAUAUAUAUAUAUAUAUAUAUAUAUUUAUAUAUAUAUAUAUAUUUUAUUAUAAUUAGUGAUACCGCGGGGAAACGUACAAAAGAGUAGAAAGUAUCUUAUCUACACAUACGACGUUCAUUACAAAUAUAUUACGAUACAAAAUAGAACGGUGAUAAAAAGUGACACGUAUUAUUCAAAGUUAUAUUCAACGAUGUCGAACGAUAUAUGUCGGACAAACUUGACUGUUUAAGCUAUUGCAGCAAGCGUUGCCUCUUUAUCGAACGGUUUCUCGACUUCAUCUCCGAAUAGCGUGCGGUACUUUCGGCGCACUGUGUCCCAGUCGACGACGUUUUGUAUUCUAGGAACGUUGCUCAAGGACCAUUGACUAUCAGCCGGGCUCGAUUGAAGUAAGGAGAAGUUGACAUUGCUCUUUGCUCGUGAUGUUGGAAGUAUUCUAUUAUUCUAAAAAUAAAACCUUAUAUUCGUAAAAUACCUAUAAGUGGCCAUUUAACAAUUA